AUGUCGAACUAUCGUUUUGUAUUUGAAGAAUUAAUCUUAUCGUCUACGCCUAAGAAUCACCGUGGUUUUGUCUGUAAAACAAUUUUAAUGGAUCUCAAGUCCAAAAGGCCAAUGGAUCCAAAGUUCAAUAGGCCAUUUGAUUUUGGCUGGAAAAAAAAGGUGGUGUAUAGGACCGAUGAAAU